ACCUUUGCGUAAGAUGGUCACGCUAAACUAAUAUGUUAAUUUAAUUGAAGAAAAAGUAAACAAAAGCAAUCUUUUGAAGAUACGGAAGCUGGAUUAGCCUUAUCUGAUGUGUUCACUUUGAUGAUAUGAUGGCGGAGAGCAGUCGAAGAACCACACACAGCCACUGGCUCAACUGGUGCCGUCUGUGUGCCAAGGACGACGUGCGCGGCAAUGUGAAAGUUCAUACGAACGAGAAGGGUCAGGGAACCUGGGACAAUGUCAUGAUUAUGGCCAUCCGCAGGUACUUCGAGGUGCAUAUGCGUCUGGAGGAUGAGCUAAGCAGCGUCCUUUGCACAGAGUGCUACACGCUGAUCAGUGAACUAAUCGAUUUUGCGGAGCAUGUUACCAAGGUGCAGGCCAUCUUUGAAGUCUUGCGCCGCACAGAGACGGACCAGAACAAACAGCUUGAUGUACCAACUCUCAGACAGCAGUAUGGACUCUGCGCGGACGACUGGACGCACAUCAUUAAGCCGAUGCCAGUGCCAGAGACCGAACCCAGUCCUGUCAAGUCCAUAGAUUUUGAAACUGAAGAUCUCAUUUAUCACAGCCACGUAAAAGUAUUAGAUGAACCAGUAAUCCAAGAGGCAGACACGUCCGCCGAGCAGGCGGAGAGACUACAGGAAGAAGCUCCCUCCCACAACACUCCGUGUGGCGUCUCAAAUCAGGAAUUUGUAGAUUUAGGUCCCAUCUUGCAAGGCGAUAAGCUAAUGGUGAACCAUAUGGAUGUCAACGCAAAUGAUUUGGAGGCAGAAGAUGUUCUAAUUGCUGAACCAAAAGCCAUUAACCAACAACAGAUGCAGAUUGAUGUGUGUCCAGGCGUUUCCAGCGAUGAGGAUAUCAAGCCGGAUGUGUCUGGCAACUGUGAUGAUCAAGAAUUUCAACCUAGUCCCGCGGUGCCCGCGAUCAAGCCACCAGCAAAUACAGACAACGGCGAGGAGAAAAGUAAACCUUGCCGGGUGGAACCACCCGGCAAACGCUGUCGCAUGGACUGCGAGAGAUGUGGAAAGACCUAUCGGAAUCGUGCAUCCUACGAGAAGCACAUCGAACAGGAAGAGUGCCAGAAAAUCGUGCUAAAAGUGAAGGUGGACAGGAACACGAGCUGUGACCUCUGCCACAAGACGCUCUCGUCGGUAUCGGCGCUGCGGCUGCACAAGAAGGGUAUGCACGAGAACGUAAAGCCAUACAUUUGCGACAGUUGUGGCAAGCAGCUAAAGACGAUAACAGCAUUAAAUGAACACAAGCUAGUCCACACGGACAGUCGUCCGUUCGAGUGUCCCGUGUGCAAGGCGGGCUUCAAGAAUCGCGCUCGUCUGAAGGUUCACCGUCAGAUCCACGAGGAUCCCAGCUUCGAGUGCACCAUAUGCGGCAAGAAGCUGCAAACCCGACGCACCUUUAACAUGCACAAGGUGGUGCACAAAGAGGAGCGCAACUUGAAGUGUGAUGUUUGCGGUGCCCUCUUCAAACGCUCCAAGACUCUGAAGACUCACUUGCUUGGCCACACGGGCCUGAGACCCUACGUCUGCAACUAUUGUGGGAAAACCUUUGCCUGCAAUGCCAAUUGUCGGUCCCACAAGCUGAAGAAGCAUUCACAGGAGAUGCAGCAGGGCCAGAAUGAGGAGAGCUUGCCCACGCGUUUGAGUGUUCCCACUCUGGAAGAGCUGCGCGUAAUAGCCCAGAAACUACCAAAAGCGGAAAGCAAUCAGGAAAAUACAAAAAUAAAGUCCAGUUCAGAGUAAAA